AUGACAAGUGGCACAAACUCUUCAGAAUCUGGCUUGUCCUCAAAAAAAAAUUCUAAAAUAUAUGACAACUACUUGAAAGAAAUGAAUGAGGAUUUAAAGUUAAGGAAGCAGGAGAUUCUAGAGAUGCUGAAACCUCUGGAAGAUAAGAACAAUCUCUUAUUGCAGAAGGUAAUGGCUAACUUGGAGGAAAAACAAAAGAGUCUGCAGAUAAUGAGGCAGAUCAUGGCGGGAAGGGGAUGUGACGAAUCUCCAGUCAUGGAGCUUGUUACAGAGCCAGAGGAGAGGAAACAGAACCUGGAAAAGAAAAAUAAGAUGCUUCAGAAGGAAAUGGAGAUGCUAUGGGACAAGACAUUUGAGUCAGAAGAACUCUGUGAGCAACAGAAAUCACUACCAACAAAGCCCAAGGCAGACAUGCAAGACAGAAAGGCUCAGAAAUCCCCCUUAUCACUUUGGAAAGCCAAAAGUGAGCCAGAGACAUCAGAUGUCGACAAAGUGGACGACAUAAGGAAGGAAAAGCAACAGACAAAAAUAAAAUAUGAGGAACAACCCAGCAUCCUUCAGAAUGGCUUUCUUGACAAAGUGAUUGAGCUGAAAACUGAAGCCCUGAGAAAGACCAAUGACUUUAAAUCAUCACUGUACCUACAACACAAUUUUGAGCCAAAGCAAGGAGCUUUGAAUCUUCUGAGGCCUCAAGGUAAAAUGGGUGCUACAACUAUGGAGAGAGCAACAAUCAACAGAAAUGAACUUGAUAUGGCUGUCUCUGAGCGGGGCGAAAGCGAAGUCAGAGGGAGCGUUGACUGCGGGUCACAGCUUGGGGCGGCACAGGGUAACCUAUCUCUGCCCGAGAGGGGACUCUGGUCACAGCGGUCACCGUUCUGCCACCCAGGCAGCGUCCUUAAGCCACCUCUAGGUUCUCCCGUGCCUUCAGAGGAGCUGAGCCCACCUCGCUGCCGCACCGGGUCCGGAGCGGCUCCACCGCGGGCAGAGCCGGCCGGCCUGAGGCGGCGGAUAACUGACGAGGCUGCCGGCUCGGCGGGGGAUUGCUUCUGUCUGGGGCCCGCCGAGGCCGCGUUCGUGCCUCGCGCGCACCCGCACCGCGUCCGCCCAGCCAAUCCCGUGCUACUCGCGCGCCCAGGAACGUUCCCCGGGUCCCACUCUAGGCUGGGCCGGCGCCUUCCCGCUCCCGGCACUCCGCAGCCGAGCUCGCACUCCUCCCCUCACUCUCCACGAGUUGCACGCCUCGGGGUGUAG